UGUUUACACACAUGGUAGCCUACAAUAUCCUUGAGUCGUAAGCAGCUCCCUUUGGUGUGAUAUUAGCACAUAAAUAUUUUCAGGACCAAGAUCGGAUGUAGGAAACGACAUCAAAAUGAUCCCAACAUCACAUUGCCAAGUUAUAAAAAUGUUUAUGAAGGCUUGUAUGUGGAGAGGCACAAGGCAUACCCCCCAGCCAUCUCUUCGGUUACAUUGGGGCUGUCUCUUUACAUCCAGAUCAUGGCAGUCUAACAAAGCGUCAGUGGUUGGAGAUCUAAACAUUAUUCUCAUGGGCCCACCUGGAGCAGGGAAGACAUCUGUGGGCAGGGUAUUGGCUAACAAAUUAAGGAGACCUGUCUUUGACGUGGAUGACAAUAUCCUAGAGGUCACAUGGAAGAUGCCAGUGGCUGACAAGCUGGCACAAGUAGGAGGCAAACGGUUCCUAGAGGAGGAAGGGGAGGCUUUGUGCAACUUUUCCACCACUGGAAGUGUCAUCUCCCUGACUGGGUCCAACCCUCUCCACCCUCGCUCCAUGCAGCACCUCAAACCGACAGGGCUGGUGGUGUAUCUGGACGUGGAUUCCCAAGACAUCCUACAGAGGCUCUCCACGAUGAAGGUGAAGAGGAUCGUGGGCCAGGAGGAAGGCGUGUCCAUGAGGCAUAUUCUGCAGUACAGGAAACAGUUUUACGAGAAAUGGCUGGAUAUCAGAGUGUUAUGUGGGACUGGAGACACCGUGGAGGAGGUAGCAGAGAAGGUGCUCCAAGCUGUGGAGCGAUACCACAACUCAGAGUCGGAGACUUACAUUUCAACCAGGAGUCAUGAUGGAUCCACUGGUAACCUGAAGCACUUCAGUGAUGUUGUUGUGGAGGGACUAGCCCCCGACGGAGGUCUCUACAUCCCCCAGAAAGGGUUCCCAAAACUGGAGGUUAGAGAAUGGCUGAGACUAACUGAUAUGUCCUAUCCUGAGCGAGCGUUAGCCAUACUCGAGAGAUGCAUACACCCUCUAGAUAUCCCGGCUACUGAGCUCAGGAGAAUGGUAUUCAAGGCGUACGGAGCAAACUUCAGCAGCGAAGAAGUCGCGCCCGUAAAGCAUCUCGUCCGUAACCAGUUUGUCCAGGAGCUUUUCCACGGUCCCACGGCUUCUUUCAAGGACCUGGCCUUGCAGCUGAUGCCCCGACUGUUUGCCUACUGCCUCCCUCAGAUGUGCAACUACCUCAUCCUCGUGGCUACGUCCGGGGACACCGGCAGCGCUGUGCUCAGCGGUUUUGGCGGCCUCAGCGACGGCGACAGGCAGAGGACCGGCGUCCUGGUGUUCUUCCCCGAGGUAGGGGUGAGUGAGAUCCAGAAGCUGCAGAUGACAGGCUACAGCGAAGGCAACGCCAGGGCGGUCAGCGCGCUGGCGGACUUUGACUUCUGCCAGAGGAGCAUCAAGACGAUGUUCGGAGACGCCAACCUCACGGGACACUUGGCCGUGGAGUAUGGCACGAUGCUCACCACGGCCAAUUCAAUCAACUGGGCACGCCUACUGCCACAGGUGGUGUAUCACUCCUCGGCCUACCUGGACCUCUACCGGGACGGAGCCAUCAAGUUCGGAGAGCCAAUAGAUGUGUGCAUCCCGACCGGCAACUUUGGCAACGCAAUGUCUGCCCUGUACGCCAAGCAAAUGGGGAUCCCCAUAAGGAAAAUCAUCUGUGCUUCCAACCACAACCGUAUCGUGUCCGACUUCAUCAACACGGGGGAAUACGAUCUCCGAGACAGGCCUCUUAUGGUCUCCAGCUCCCCGGCCAUAGACAUCCUGAAGUCCUCCAACCUGGAGAGGUUUCUCUACCACGUCUCAGAAGGAGACGGCCAUCUUGUUCGAGAGCUGUUCACACGCCUGGAGAGGGACGGGCGUUUCAAGGUCCCUGAAGGUUUACUCAGGGGGAUACAGGAGGACGUGCUGGCAGGCUGGUGCUCCGAGGACGACUGUCUGGGAGCCAUCCGGGACGUCCACAGGGAAACGGGCUACGUCAUGGACACACACACAGCCGUGGCCAAGGUGGUGGCGGACCGGCUGCAGGACCGCCUUUGUCCGGUUGUGAUCUGUUCCACAGCCCACUAUGGGAAGUUUGCACCCGCCGUUCUGGAAGCGUUGCAGUUCCGGAACAUUCCCAAAGCUCCGUUGGAACAGCUGGAGGAGCUUGGCUCGGUGGUGUUGAGACCUCAGAUGCACACAGACCUGCUCAGGAGCCUGAGAGAGAGCAGGAGUCAGACACAUACUGUGUGUCAAGCGGAUUUCACAGUGUUAGUAGACGAAGUGGAAACCAUGAUACAGGACUCUUUCUUGAAGGUUCUUUAAACUUCUCACCAUAACCUAUAUUCAUGAUAUAUAGAAAACGCAAAUAUCAUGCAUGGGUUCGUUCACAUUUUAUUGCGGUAUAUACUGAAGCCAGGCAUAAUUCUCAAGUGAAUUAUAAACCUGCCUCAGCACUUAAUCAACAUAAUUCAAGGUUGGAAGUUGUCUCAACCGGCCUAGUGCUCAGGAGAGCAAGAACAGUAGCCAUUUAUAUCCACUAGAUGGGAAUGUUUACCUCCUGGCCCCUCUGCAUGAGCAGCUUCUCCAGGGUGUUUCCUGAGGACUAUGGGUGACUGUUCACAAGCAGCAUGAGGAAGUAACCCCACUGUGAGGAGCUAUAUUCAGACCCGCCGUGGAUUCCUAACUAGUCCCAGAGGGGAGAUCGAAUGAUGGUGUAAUUACAAUAGAAGAAGCAGUAAACCAUAGAAGAAGAAACCAGUAAAUAAGCUUGAUCCUGUUUCUCAGUGUUUUGACCUGAAUGUGUAUUUUUACAUCUGAAAGAUUUCCUCUUUGUUUAUUUGUUUGGUGAAUAAUAUUCCUCACUGGGGAUAUUUUCAGUCUUUUGUCUGCGAUCAAUGGGGAUUAAUCCUAAAGAAUAUUUGCAUCUUUAUAUCAUUUAUAUUGAGCUUUUUCAUGUUAUUGUGCAAAGCUAACAAAUAUAGUUUGUGAAGAAAAUAUGCUACAGUGGUCAAUAUUAUGAACAUUAACAUUAUCAACGCAAGUAUAUAAAUGGUUUACCAUGGAUGAACAUUGCAUACUAAUGUAUGUGUUUUGUUGAAUAAACCUCUA